GUUCCCGGCCCCGCCCCCGGCCCGUCCGCCAUGUUCGUUCCUUCCGCAGGGCCCGGUGGCGGUGGCGCAGCCCGGGACCGGGACCGGCCACAGCCCCUUGCCGCGGGCAGGGAUCGGCCUCCCCAGCGCGCCCGGGAGCGGCGGCAGUUCCCUUCCCGCGCUCCGGAGCCGAGCCAGAUUUUUGGAAAGUUGCAGAUCUGCUAUAGGCAGAAAGUUUAACCACUGUAGUGAUGGAGGGCUGAGAAAUACCCUAAACCUCCACAAACAGUCUAGGAAACCAGGAGGAUCUUUUCCCGUAACAAUGGCAGCAAAAUCAUCACUCCUUAAAGUAAUACUGCUAGGAGAUGGUGGAGUUGGGAAGAGUUCCCUUAUGAACAGAUACGUCACCAACAAGUUUGAUGCACAGCUGUUUCAUACAAUAGGUGUGGAAUUCCUAAAUAAAGAGUUGGAAGUCGAUGGACACUUUGUUACGAUGCAGAUAUGGGACACGGCAGGUCAGGAACGGUUUAGGAGCUUGCGGACUCCUUUCUAUAGAGGUUCUGACUGUUGCCUGCUAACCUUCAGCGUGGAUGACUCUCAAAGCUUCCAAAACUUAAGCAACUGGAAGAAAGAAUUCAUUUAUUAUGCAGAUGUCAAGGAGCCUGAAAGUUUUCCAUUUGUGAUUCUGGGUAACAAAGUUGAUAUCGAUGAACGGCAAGUGUCUACAGAAGAAGCCCAAGACUGGUGCAGGAAUAAUGGCAACCAUCCCUAUUUUGAAACCAGUGCAAAAGAUGCCACUAAUGUUGCAGCGGCCUUUGAAGAAGCUGUUAGAAGAGUUCUAGCCUCUGAAGAUAGAUCAGAUCACUUUAUUCAAACAGAUACAGUCAACCUUCAUCGGAAACCGAAACCCAGUUCAUCUUGUUGUUGACUUAAAUUUCUUUUUGCCAAAUUACUGUUGACUAGCUUGCUCUAUAAAAGGAUUGGGAAGGUGUAGUAGAUCGAAUAACAAAUGGAUUUCACUCUAAUAUUAAAAUCGUAAUAUUCUGCUGCUUUCAUGGGGGAGAAAAAGAAAAAUCUCUAUUCAUGAGUGACCAUUAUUGAAUUAGUGAUGCUUUCUGUUUAGGAAGACAUCAAGUAAAAAAAUAAUAUAAGAAUGUAAUUUGCCAACUUUAUUCAAAUGAUAAAUACCUUGACUAUAAUUAAAACUUGAAGGUUCUAGAAGCACUACUUUGGAGAAGCUGUUCUGGAAUUCAGGCACAAAGAUACUUUUAUAUGUGUAUAUUUUUAUGAAAUCGGCAUUCCACUUUUGUUUCGUUAGAUGUCAGUUUCUUAACAAUGCUAGAUAUUAAACUUCAGUCUCACUACA